ACAAGCGAUGCCAACCAGGACACUGCAUUCAUUUCACGAUUCGGAAAAUUGCAACAGCAACAGGUGUAUUUUAUUGCACUGUUGAUAAAAGUAUGUCCGUGUCAAAAACAAGUAUCCUGUCACGACCAAUAUUUUUUUACAGGAACUCGACAUUUCCUAGGCGUUAUGAAAACUUUGAAAGGAUUAGGCGUUUUGUGGGUUCUUCUGGCAUGCAGUUUUGCGCAAGUCUCCUCCGACCUGGAGGUUUCUGCUUCCAACCCCAAACCCAUCCUCGGAACCAGCGUGCUGCUUAGCUGCCGCAUUUUCAAACCGAAUGGCUACCCGGUGGAAUGGAAGCUAACCAACCCCGAAGUAGGAACUGUAACUAUCGCCGCUACUCACAUGAUGACUAACUGCUCAAACAACGGCUGGCAUAUAUCUGAUAGGAUACACUAUCGUUGGGAGUCAUGUAAAAAGUCUGUGAAAGAUGCUCCAUUUCAAGACUUUAAUAUCACAAUUAUCAAGACGCGACGAAGGGAUACAGGACAUUGGUUUUGUGACGAGAUGAACGCACCCUAUCGCAAAUCUGUUUAUAUAGAAGUUGCCGUUCCUCCUGGUCCGCCAACCGUCAUAGGUUUCGGCACUGUUGCCAUGGGCUUAAAACACACGCUGACAUGCAAUGCGACACAGCCUGGCCUGUCCGCCGCCAUCACCUACCAGUGGUUCAAAGAAGGAAAUGUUGAUGUGUUUGAAGGAGCAGCAUUGACGUUCCCAAAUACAUCGAAGGCGGACACUGGGACAUACAAGUGUUAUGCUACCAAUAUCUACGGCAGCACUGAAUUAUCGGGCAGAUUAGAAGUUAAUGGUCAAGUGGCCAGCGUGAAGCUGUCAGUUUCCUCGACAAGUCUAAUUGAGGGAAGAAAGGUUAACAUGACUUGUACGGCAGUUGGUGGGAAUCCCAUACCCAUGUUGACCAUCUCCAUCUCCGGGAACCAAUGGGUGAACGAGACAGGCCAGACCCGAGAGCUGUCUAUGGAAACUGUCGUAAAGCGAGAUGACAAAGAAGCGGUAUGCUCUGCUAAUGUUACAGGUAUUGCUUCCGUAGUAACAGACCAGGUAUCACUUGACGUAAAGUAUCCGCCAGAUGUAAUAAUAUCGACAAAUCCUUCGACAAGAAUUGUCACUGAAAACAUGGGAGACGUCCAUCUGAGAUGCGAAUCCCGCGGUGGGAACCCAAGCAAGCCACAUAAUGGCACCAUAGCCUGGUACUACGGAGGGAAAGAACUUGUUAAAAAGACUGCUUCAAAAUUGCCUUAUCGCCUCAGUCGGCCGAAUCGGACACAAGCUGGAGACUACAGAUGUCUUGUAUCGAAUUAUGGAGAGAUGUUCGCGUGGAACUCCAUCCAGCUGGACAUCAUCUAUUCGGCAGAGUGGGACAAUAGUUUCCCUGACCGCAGAACAGCAACAGCAGGCGUAUCCAAGAUGGUGACAUUCACUCUCCACAUCUUAGCAAAUCCUAAACCAAGCAAAGUAGCAUGGCUUAGAGAAACUCCUGGAAUGAUAUACGACCCGACACAAUCGACGCCAAGCCUAGGCUAUUCCUACCAAACGCAGGUUGUGAACGAGAGGACGUAUACACUAAACUUUUGGAGAGUUUCAUCCUCCGACUACGGACAUUAUCGGGCCUACGUCACAAAUGAUGCAGGGACCACCUCCUUCGUCUUCACGUUGCUUCCGCCGGGACCGCCCUACCCUCCAUGUUGCCUGAAGAUGACGUCAUCAACUUCAGUGUCGGUAACCUUGACCUUUAGAGUAAACUACACACGAGAUUCGUCGCAACUCUUCGAGAUUAGCUACAGGAAUCUUGAUUCCAAAUCAAGUCCUUGGGAGAAAUUUCACAAUAUUUCUGAUGCCGGUUCCUCAGCUACGAUCACGAAAAAGAUUUCGAAUUUAAAGCCAAAAACACAGUACGAGUUGAGGGUGAGAGCUUUUAGUCAUCUUGGCCUCAGUGGAUACAGUGGUAGUGCUCUAGCAAUGACGAGGGAGUCACCGUCCCCACGCCCAAAGGUACAGGCGCGAAAAGUGGGACAUGUGGCGGUAAUCAGCUGGGACUCAUGGAAAGGAAGUCAUGUCGAAGUGGUCUCCUGCACCGCGAAGGGCCUGUGUAAGACAUACAGUGGGACAAACCUCACAACUAUUGGCAUACCCGUCGAGGAAAGCAUCUAUAAUCAAACGUUUGUCGUACGAUACUACGAUGGGGAUGAUCUGGCUUUCACUUCGAAAGCAGUCUCAGUGCAGAAGGUUCCAGAACCGACCACGGCCUCUGAAUUUCCUAAUUACGGUUAUGGCAUCUCGGGAUUCGCAGGUGGAUGCGUAUUGGUUACCUUCAUCGCCCUGAUUAUCUGGAAGGUCCGUGCCAUUAGGCAGUCAAAUGCCUCAACGGACCCUGAGUUCGUUGAUGAAUUUGAUUCAGACCCUUAUACUUGUUUAAGAGAUGGGUCGGUGAAUGACUCGAUUCAUACUAUCACAGGGGCAGGGAGAGAGCCAGGGCUUGUUUUUCGAAACUCCGCAUAUGAUUACGAGGAUCCAAGUACACAAAAUGGGAACGCAAGUAGGAUGAAUGACUAUGAACCACCCGACGAAAUAUAUGUCAAUCUUACUCCAAUAGAACAAAAAAUCCGACUCCAGCAGAAUCUCGCCGGGGCUUCUCAGCGACAGAAUACAAAUGCUUACGAGAGUCCAACUGGGGUAAGACCGAAUGAAGUACCAUGGACCACCUACCAAUCGCUUAAAGGGGACAGGCAAGACGGGAGGACUCCCAAAGCGACAGAGGAUGAUGUCUAUGUAGACUGCGACCCUGUCGCCGAUACAUAUGUCUACCGGCCAUGACAGGCGGUCUCAGUUACGUGGCACCAUUGACUGCUCUUCGAUAUCGAAAAUACACUGUCUAUACGCAGUUUGAUGAACCACCCCACCCCCAGCAUAGUUCUGUACGUCAUAGUAAUCAAUUGGGACAAGGGCAAUCGAAACAAUACACACCACAAACGUUUUUUUAAAGACAUCAUCAGUCUUAACCACAUACCAUUGGCACAAAUGCGGGGAGGGGAUAUCAUUUGUAGUAAGCGAAAUGCCGUGAAACUCAAGGAAGUCACCACUAGGAGCGCUAAGUAGAUCUCAAUACACGUGACUCUAGGUCCGUGUCGCCACGUAACUUGCAGACCGGCUUGCAGAUUGAUAUAGUCUAGAAACUGUUCCCGCCUUUGAUAGCAGGGGCGCCACCUAUAUGCUACAGCCUGCGUAUACCAAGUUGAAAUUGGGAACAUUUUUCCUAUCUACUUAUUACUGAUUCUCAAUAUUGCGAUCAUUUACGUACACUCAUGGUCAAAAGUUUAUGGACACCAGUUUUUGCACAUUUUCUCAAAAACGGCUAAUCCUAUUGAACCCAAAUUUUCACCAAUGGUGGAGAAUCUUCUUGGCUAUCGAAUGACGUGAUAGUUGAUAUCAGGACCAAUAUUGCAUAACAAAGUUAUUACAUAAUUUUGAGAGGCAUCUUUUUUUUACUUUUUUGUUAAUCAAUUUUUCAAAACCAAAUUUACCCUACAUUAUAUCUUGCACAUUGCUAAGACUUUCUGUGAAAAAAAUUUGGAUAAUUGUACAUCCUUCGUAUAUUGUACAAACUUAUAGUUCCUCUUCUGUUAGUAGGUGGUUUCAAAGUCAAUUUAGGAAAGGCAGAUUUCUCAUACUCUCGUUCUGUAGCAGAUAUGUCAGUAUAUAUAUAUUCAAGUUAAAUAAUUUGCUUAACAAGUGCUCUUUAUCAAGUAAUAACAAUAAACACGUGUUGAUGCUUCA